ACAUCAAACAUGCAGCAAAUAAAAGCUUGAAUUUAAAUUUUUUCAUUUAUUUUAAAUUUGAGAAAUCAUAUGAUAUUUUAUGAAAAUCAUUUUUAUCACAGGACUAAGCUAAGCACUAAUGACUAAGGUGUACCUUGGCAUUACUUUAUUGAAUUUGAGCAUUGCGUUCUGUGUGAGAGAUAAGCGAACUACAAAUCGUGGUCCGUCGCUCAAUACUGAACAUUUGAGAGACGCUUUUCAUAUUAUUUUUGUGAUAAUUAUUAUUGGAAUUUUGCGUCUGAAGCAAUGGAUUCAGGCAAAGCAGAUCUGCAGAGUGUUGUCAACAAAGCACUUGCUGACUUUGUCCAGGAGCACAUCCCAUCUGCUUCCUUGGACUGCGUCGACGACAUCGUGUUGAGCUACGUGGUGGGCAUCCUGGAGGACCUGGGCGAGGACGAGGACGGCUUCGACGUGGAGGGCUUCACCGAGAUGCUGGAGGCCUACAUCCCCGAGUUCUCCGAGAUCAGGCCCGAACAGGUGUGCGAGUGGAUCUUCGGCCUGUCGGCGGAGCUGGCCAAACGCCGCAAAGAGGUGCGUCACACGGACCCCGGCUGCGACCCGGUGGCGCUGCUGGCCUCCCAGAUGGAGACAGCCGUCCGGCCGCGGCACAGCUCGGCCGCCUCGGGCUCGGAGGAGACGGCCGACGGCUCGGCCGGCGGCCGCACACCGCGUCUCUCCGAGACCAGCGAGGCGGGCUCGGACACCAGCGACCAGGCCGUUGUCGAGGAGGAGCUGCGUAUGUUGGCGGACAUGUUCCCGGACGCGUGUCGUCUGGAGCUGCACCACUGCCUGUCGCUGGCGGCCGGCUGUCUGGAGAAGGCCGCUCAGCUGCUGCUGGCCAGACAGGAGAGCGGCGACGCCAUCACCCAGCAGCAGCAGGUGCUGAGUCGUCGGCGCGGCGACCGCCGGGAGCUGGAUGACGAGUCUUUGAAGGCCAGCAUCAUCGCCAAGUACAGCUACCAGGACGUCGACGGCAGCAAGCGCCAGCACAAACCGCACCUGCCCAAAUCGUCGCCCAAGAAACUGGUGCGCUAUCUGGACAACAAGGUGGUCUCCCUGAAGGGCGAGCGUUUCACGGAGAUCAAGCGCAGCCCCGAGACCAAGGACGAGAUGAAGAAGACGUACGUCAGCCUGAAGCCGCUGAAGCAGUACCGGUUCCACUAGUGUGCGGCCGGCCGGCGGUGGCGCCGCACCCGGCCGCCGCCGCCCCGCCGGCCCAACGUCAGAUGAUGCUGGCCGGGGGCCCGGGCGCCCCCUGCUCCCCAGCACCCCCGGCGGCCGGAGGUCCGCCCACUCCCCGUAUCUGUCCCCGGUGUCUGUGGACGAGCGCGUGUGGCUGGGUGUGCGUGUGGCCGCCGAGGUCGGCCCCUCGGCGCGGCGCCGCGGUCUCAGUGUUCGGUAUGUUUCCCUAGCACACGCCGCGCUCACAGCGCACUUGGCCGCACGCUCAGCAAUCCACAGGGUCGGAUAGGAGAGAUUAAUUUCACUUGUAGGACGCUCCGAGCCUGGGAGCUUUUCGAUAUGUUUACACAAUUUAGGAAGCGUUGGCCUUACGUUACAGAGGAAAUGCGAACUCGCAAGAAUUAUGCUGAAUUCGACACGAAAUCAAUUUUAGGGUUAGUUACGAUACGAUACGAUAACCACCGUCGUAAUAUGAAGGGUGUGGGGAACGGGCUCUCAUAGUUAACGAAACUGUCACCAUAUGGUAAUGGUAUUCAGUGGCCGCGUUGUGUGUUCUAGUCACUCCAAAUUUUGUAACAUUAUGUGAUAAGUUAACCGUAAGCACGAUCUUCACUUGUCCCGACAUGGCCCCAUCAUAUGACGCAUUUAGGGAAAUUGUCACUACCGUUUUGUUAUCGCUAUUAUGAACGCGACGUUACAAAAUUUAACGGAGUGAUAAUUUAUCGCGAGUUAUAGGAACGACGUUUAUGCCUCAUUCUUUUCUUUUUAGUGUUACUUGCUUAAUUUCAUCGUGUUCUCAAACUUGCGUGGCACCAUGUGAAACAUUCUCUUUGCAGAAGAUAGGAAACAAAUAUGAUUGUCUUUCAAGUGUAUAAUGUUGCACUGGUCGCUUUCUACAGAUCUGAAACCAGUUUCUCCGUUUUUUUUUUCACAGCUUUCCAUUGCAUGUAUUUUGUUUUCUUAUACUACUUUCUCUGAGGUAUUGAGAGAUACGAGCGCUGCCGAUCGGUCUUACUCCGCUGUCUAACUCCGCUGUGCCGCCGCCAGUCCGGUCUGGUGGUGGUACGAUCUCGCCUACCGCUGCCGUGUGUGGCUGCGCUGAUCCGCUCCGGGCCGAACCGGCGCUAGAUGGGUCGGGGUUGACCGUGCGCACAUCUCAGGAGGUACCCGGGCAUUGUCAGUUGUGAACGACCACAGCUCGGGCUGAUGUUAAACGCGCUGCACUUCAGUCGUGCAACCCGUUCGGUCUCACUGAUUAUGAUGUUUUCUGACGGCGUGAGCUGCUGGUUUGUUCCAUUAUUUGACCAAGAAGGAUGUCGUAGGAUGCUUAGACUCACUCACGUUAGUUCCUCUCAUUAGCGUAUUUUGUGUGUUGCACAUAUGUUUUUUUUCUGUUAACCGUCACCCAUGUAUGGAUGUAUGUGUUUAGCCAGUAGGAUGUACGGACUCUGUGCGCGAGUGGCACGGUCGCUGUGUCCUCUCCAAGGAGCUCGGCUGGACGGUUCGGUGAUGGAGCAUUAUCGCUCAGCUUGUGCCAAGCUGCGUGUUGGACCCCCAGCCCUCCAGGCACAGUCGCCAGUCGCACGCUCCGACACUCUGUCUCCGGCUCUUUCCUCGCUCUGAUCUCUGUCAUCCGUUGGCGCCGUGCUCCGCCGCUCUGCCGGCUCUCUGUGUGUGUCGCGGCGCCCUCUGCCGAAUUGUGUGUGAUAGUGGUGUGUGCCCGGGAGCGCUGUGUGUUUGUUGUGUAGUACAAUGUUACUUGGCCGCUGCGGGCCUGUGAACUGCCCGCUGACGGCGUCACUAGAGAUUACUAUAUGUUGCUGCCGUUGUGUCAUUUUUCACUAUCUCAGAGAGUUUCAUUCGUUUGGAGUCAGUGUUUUGUCACAGCGCCGGUCGUUGGAGGCUGCGCACUCCGGCUCGGGCCACCGUUCUUUUCUUCACUGCGCAGCUACUGCCUGCUUUCUGAGCUUUGUAGACGUAUGUCGUCAUGAGACCAAUUCUAACUGUUCCACUGUGCGUAUGUGUGUAUUGUGAGUGGCUCUGUGCUUACUGAGCGACGAGAAGGCCCUCUGGUGACCGCACCAGCCGUACCGGUGUGUACCCGAUGAGAGGGGCGCGGUGAGGCCGCCGGCACGGGGGACCCCGGCCGCUCCGGCUGGCUCCGAGUGGCCGCGCCCAUCAGUCGCCGCACGGCCGCUGCCAAAUACACGCUGUAUGUGUGUACCGAG